UGCAUCGACCCCGUUGGGUACAACACGCGACGCAAAACCCACCGUUUUUUUUUUAAUAAAAAGAAAAGGAAAAAAAAGAAGAAGCAGCUUCUUUUCUUCGCAUUUUUUUUCUCCUCUCACUCUUUUAAGCUCAAACGGAAACAUGCGCGAGUGUAUCUCCAUCCACGUUGGUCAGGCCGGCGUCCAGAUCGGCAAUGCCUGCUGGGAGCUCUACUGCCUGGAACACGGGAUCCAGCCGGACGGACAGAUGCCCAGUGACAAGACUCUCGGAGGAGGGGACGACUCCUUCAACACCUUCUUCAGUGAGACUGGAGCUGGAAAGCACGUCCCCAGAGCUGUUUUUGUGGACCUGGAGCCCACUGUCAUCGAUGAGGUGCGCACCGGGACCUACCGCCAGCUGUUCCACCCUGAGCAGCUGAUCACAGGUAAGGAGGAUGCUGCCAACAACUACGCCCGUGGACACUACACCAUCGGCAAAGAGAUCAUUGACCUGGUGCUGGACAGGAUCCGCAAACUGGCCGACCAGUGCACCGGCCUUCAGGGCUUCCUGGUUUUCCACAGCUUCGGAGGUGGCACCGGCUCUGGUUUCACCUCCCUGCUGAUGGAGCGUCUGUCUGUCGACUACGGCAAGAAGUCCAAGCUGGAGUUCUCCAUCUACCCGGCUCCCCAGGUGUCCACCGCUGUGGUGGAGCCCUACAACUCCAUCCUGACCACCCACACCACCCUGGAGCACUCUGACUGUGCCUUCAUGGUGGAUAACGAGGCCAUCUACGACAUCUGCCGUAGGAACCUCGAUAUCGAGCGUCCCACCUACACCAACCUGAACAGGCUGAUCAGUCAGAUCGUGUCCUCCAUCACUGCUUCCCUUCGUUUCGACGGUGCCCUGAAUGUUGAUCUGACAGAGUUCCAGACCAACUUGGUGCCAUAUCCCCGUAUCCAUUUCCCUCUGGCCACCUAUGCCCCUGUCAUCUCUGCCGAGAAGGCGUACCACGAGCAGCUCUCAGUGGCUGAGAUCACAAACGCCUGCUUCGAGCCAGCCAAUCAGAUGGUUAAAUGUGACCCUCGCCACGGUAAAUACAUGGCUUGCUGCCUGCUGUUCCGUGGUGACGUGGUGCCCAAAGAUGUCAAUGCCGCCAUUGCCACCAUCAAGACCAAGCGCACCAUCCAGUUUGUGGACUGGUGCCCCACUGGUUUCAAGGUUGGCAUCAACUACCAGCCGCCCACUGUGGUGCCCGGCGGAGACCUGGCCAAGGUCCAGAGGGCUGUGUGCAUGCUGAGCAACACCACUGCUAUUGCAGAGGCCUGGGCUCGGCUUGACCACAAGUUUGACCUGAUGUACGCUAAGCGUGCCUUCGUUCACUGGUACGUGGGUGAGGGAAUGGAGGAGGGAGAGUUCUCCGAGGCCAGAGAGGACAUGGCAGCUCUGGAGAAGGAUUAUGAGGAGGUCGGAGUUGACUCUAUUGAGGGUGAGGGAGAGGAGGAAGGAGAGGAAUAUUAAAAAGGGACAUGAAGGCAUUAGUUAAACAGAAAAUAAUUGAUUGCAAUGUGUUCUUGAAUGCAUUCCAAACAGAAAUGUUUGUCUGUCAAUUACCAGUUUGGCUGCUCAGGUUGACACUCCUGAAAAUGUCAAGUUUGGCUCUGUUCUAAAUAAACUUCCUGUGACAUGUGAA